AUGGCGCGCCGCUUCCUCCUCUGUCUGCUUUGCUCAACCUCUACCGCGCAUGCGCUCACGCCAUCCUUUGCGCCAAGCGCACGGCCCAUCGAGCUCGCCACGCACGCGCAGCGCUUUCCAGCUGCUGCAUCCGCUGCUUUCGUGCAGCCGCCGCGGCGAGCCCUUUUCCAGCAGACUGCGGCCCUACGCGUACAAACAGUCUGGUGCAGCGCGUCGCCAGGUCCCGACAACGAACGGCUGAUCAAGCUGCUCGUCAGCAUACUCAUCGACCUCGUUGGCGUCGCCAGCUAUGCGGUGCCGCUCGCGGGCGAGGGAGCCGACCUGGCGUGGGCGCCCGUUUCGGCGCUCCUCGUGAACUACCUUUACGGCAACUCCAUCCUCACCGGCCUCGCCUUUGCGGAGGAGGUCCUGCCGGGCCUCGACGUCGUGCCUACCGCCACGAUUGGCUGGCUGCUCGAGAACACCGAGCUUGGCCGCAGCGUGAACGAGGCCUCUGCGCCGCCGCCAAAGGCGGACGCUCCCUCCUCGGCUGGGAAGUCUCGGGGGGACGACGCCGACGUGAUCGACGUGAAUGGGAGGUAG